AUGAAAAAUUGCAAGCAUAUGAAACCAAAGGAUUUCAAGUUCUUCACUGGACUAACUCAGGAGCAGUUUGAAAUAGUGUAUGAACUGUGUGGUGGCGAGGAAGUUUGUUCUACUCUGAAGUAUCGCUACAGUCGGAAAUCUCCUAAAAAGGCCAUUGUCAGCAACUUCACUCCUCGAGAUAGACUUUUCAUGACCCUAAUCAGACUGAGAAGAGGAAUACCUUUGAGAGACUUGUCUUUUGUUUGUGGCAUGUCCUUAGGGUUUGCAUCUGAAUGUGUGUAUACAUGGAUCAGAUUGAUGAGUUUGACAGCACAGAAGUUGGAAGCAGCAAUGUGUUUAUCUGCAGCGGAUCAAACAGAAAAUAAGCCAAAGUGUUUCAAACCAUUCCCAAACCUGAAGAUGAUAAUAGACUCUACAGAAUUCAAAGUCGAAACACCAAGCAACUUUGAGCAGCAGGCAAAUUUAUUCUCUUUCUACAAGAAGACAACCACUGCCAAAGUCCUCAUUGGAAUUUCUUGUUAUGGAGGAAUAUCUUUCAUCAGUGAAGCAUUUGAGGGAAGCAUCAGUGAUAAGCAGAUUGUUUUAAAGAGUGGGCUCAUGGACCUCCUUUCGCCCAAUGAUGCAAUAAUGGCUGAUAGAGGAUUUGAUAUGGAGGCAGAGUUUGCCGCUGCAGAAGUGGACCUCAUUAUGCCCCCAUUUCUUGCAGGAAGGGAUUGUUUCACAGCAAGAGAAUUAUUGCUAGCAAAGACCAUUUCUUCAGGCCGCAUACACGUUGAAAGGGCAAUACGAAGAAUUAGAGAGUUCAGGAUUGUGGGAAGAAUAAUUCCAAGCACUCUCAUGCCCAUAUUUGGUGACAUGAUGAGAACCUUUGCUCUCUUAAUCAACUUCCAAAAUCCUUACAUUCAAGGAGACAAGGAUGAGGAUUAUGAUGACAACUUUGACAUGAAUUCAUCAUUUUAG